UCAUGUAUCAAGAUUUUACCACCAACCUAGGUCUUACUACACUCUUUACAACUCUGCUCUCCUUCAUCACACCCAACAAGCAGACUCCUGUUGUAUAUCAGCCUGUACUUCCUCCUUCUUAUCCUCUGGCUGUGCGGAGCCCAUACCUAUCAACAUGGAUGCCGAGCAAUCAAGUUCACUCACUCCCUAUGGCUGAGCCACAAUUCUGGGCCGGCCAAAAUCUCACCUGGUCCAUCAUGGCUCGUAUAGAUGGCCAGGCUUACAGUCUGAUGGGCGUCAAAAGCUUCAACGAGGGUAGCCGCCCUGCUAUCGUUCGCGAUGCUGAGUACACGGCCACCCAUUCCAUUUUCACUCUCACUGCUGGUUCGGUGAUUUUCACCCUGGACUUCUUCUCGCCAAUUGCGCCUUCGAACUAUCUUCGCCAGUCCUUGCCAUUCAGUAAGACCGACGCGCUCCGCUAUUUGACCGUCUCAGUCUCCGGGGCCUCGUCCAGCAAUGUUCAGAUUUACUCGAGCAUUGACGAAAGAUGGACAGGGACAACAGACUCUACGUCUUGUCACUUUCAAUACACGAACACAACUGCUGUCUAUUCCUUACGAGUGAAGAAUUCAACCCUAUACUCCGAGGAACGUGACAUGGCAACCUGGGGCGAAGCAAUUCUAGCCUCGCAGCCUUCUUCAAAUUCAACCCUCUCAUAUGCCUCGGGAGACCAUGGGCAGCUGCAGACCCUAUUUGCUAAAGCUGGAAAUCUGACCAGGUGGGAUUCAUCAUGGGGGCCUGGAGCCGUGGUUGCCAUUGCCCACGACUUGGGAUCGGUUGAGAACACGCAGUCGGUGACUUUCGCCGUUGGACACGUGCGGGAAGAGUCAAUCAACUAUUUGGGCAAGCCAUAUACAGGAUACUACCGGGCCUUGUAUCCUCAAACUACCCAAGCGGUUGCGUACUUCUUGAAUGAUUAUCCUGAGGCCCUUCGGGAAUCGCACGCUCUUGAUUUAGAGAUGCAAAAGCAGGCAGCCGCGGUGGCUGGGCAGAAGUACGCCGACAUUGUGACUUUGUCGGCUCGUCAGGCCUACGCAGGUAUCGAAAUCACAAUUCCUGGUGAUACCCUUGACACGGCCGAUGUGCUAGCGUUUAUCAAAGAACUAUCGAGCGACGGUAACAUUAACACGGUGGACGUCAUCAUGCCUUCUUUCCCAAUUUACUAUAUCCUGGAUCCGGACUAUAUCCGCCUUUUACUGGAGCCCAUGAUGAGGUAUCUCGCCGCCGGACGCUGGCGGCAGCCCUACGUGAUCCAUGAUAUGGGCUCGCAUUACCCCCAUGCGAUUGGCCACGACAAUCAACGAGCGGAACCAAUGCCAAUCGAGGAAUGCGGCAAUUUGUUGGUGCUUGUGCUGGCCUACGUUCGUGCCACGGGGGAUACAGAAUGGGCGGCUCAGUACACCGGGCUUCUCCAGGGCUAUGCAGAUUAUCUGGUUGAGAACGGCAUCGACAUUGCUGAGCAGCUGUCCUCGAACGACGCGGCCGGGCCUCUGGCGAACGAGACUAACCUGGCCAUCAAAGCUGCUGUGGGGAUCAAGGCUUUCGGGGAGCUUACCGGCCUUUCUGAAUACUCCCAGAUUGGCGAUACAAGAGCCAAGCUGCUCUUCUCGCAGGGGCUGGGGGUGGACGCGCAGAAGACGCACUUUGUGCUGCAGUACCCAGGGAAGCCGGCCUCGUGGAAAAUCCCAUACAACCUCUACCCGGAUGUACUAUUAGGCCUGGACACUUUCCCCCCGGCUGCAUAUGACAUGGGGCCUGCUUUCUUCAGGUCGGUCCGAGCCGAGUAUGGUGUACCUUUGGAUGAUCGGCAAGAUUGGGCCAAGUCGGACUGGAAUAUGUGGCUGGCUGGGACGCUGGAUUCCACGACCCAGGAUGAGUUUGUUGAUGACCUGUGGCGAUACAUGACCAACGGCAAGCAUCACUGGCCCUUUUCCGAUCGAUACAUCGCCACGUCGGCCCAAGGGGGCAGCCCCGGGGUGCCCGUUUUGUGUCGCGCGCGGCCUACAGUCGGAGGACAUUUUGCUCUGCUGGCCCUGCAGGGUCCCCGGUCGCUUCAGAAGGCCGUCAGUAGAAGGCUUGAAGUGGUUGUGUUGCCAAACCCGCCAAACCAAUCUUCCCCCCGUUGUUGCUUCACAACUGCUGGCUGUUGCUUUGCUUCUCCUCCUCCUCCUCCUCCUCCUUCACUCUGCCUCAACUUUCUUCCUCCGCUACCUCUUUCUCACUUUUCCCCCGACUUAAUCCUCCGUCGCCCCCUCGUCAUUAGAUUCUCCCCCCAUGGCUUCUGCUAUCCGCUUCCCAACGGUGCUGUCACUUCUGGUCCCGUCCCCGGCGCCACUCCCCUUCUUCCCAACAACGGCCGUGUCUUGCAAAAUGGCCCCGUCAGAGUUCUGUGUAUUGCUGAUGUUCGAGGAAAUCUCAAGUCCCUGAACGAAUUGGCCAGACAGGCUCGUGCAGACCACAUUAUCCACACCGGUGACUUUGGUUUCUACGAUGAUACAUCGCUGGAGCGCAUUGCCGAUAAGACCCUGAAGCACGUGGCUCAAUAUUCACCGUUGCUACCGGAGAACGUGAAGCGGACGAUCGCCCAAACUCCUCCCCAGCAGUCGAUCAAGCAACGAUUCACCCCCGACCAGCUUCCCCUGUCAGAGCUCCCCAUGCUGCUGGACAAGCGGCUGACUCUCGACGUACCUGUGUACACUGUCUGGGGUGCUUGUGAAGAUGUUCGCGUCUUGGAGAAGUUCCGCUCGGGGGAGUACAAGGUCAACAACCUUCACAUCAUCGAUGAGGCUAACUCGCGACUGCUGGACAUCGGUGGUGUCAAGCUGCGCCUGUUGGGUCUCGGUGGUGCUGUGGUGAUGCACAAGCUAUUUGACAAUGGCGAGGGCAAGACUACAAUUGCGGGUGGCCAAGGGACAAUGUGGACGACCCUCCUACAAAUGGGUGAAUUGAUUGACACGGCCAACCGUGUCUACGAUCCGUCCGAGACGCGUGUCUUCGUCACGCAUGCCUCUCCCGCCCGUGAGGGAAUGUUGAACCAGCUCUCGGUUACCCUCAAGGCCGACUUCUCGAUCUCCGCCGGUCUGCACUUCCGCUACGGUUCCUCCUACAACGAGUUUUCCGUGAACCCCUCGCUGGAUCAUUACCGCGGCAAGCUGGCUGCUUCGAAGGCCUCAUUCAACGAUGUGUGGGAGACCGUCCGCGGUGAGGUUGAGACCGCUAUCUCCCAAAAUGAGGCCCAGAAGACUCUGCUGGACAACGCUCUGGAAGUGGUGAACCGGAUGCCUACUGUUGCCAACGGCGGCAAUCCCUUCGGUGGGCCUGCCGCUCCCGGCAACGCGGCCGGCCAGGUGGACGAGAGUGCCUUCAAGAACAUGUGGAACUUCAACCUGGCGGAUGCAGCUUUCGGUUUCCUUGUGCUGGAGAUUGAGGCCGGCCGCAUUGCCACCGAAAUGCGCGCGCAGGGUUUCAACUUCGCUCACCGUACCGGAAAGCCUCAACCUGUGGCCUCAGCCCAGGCCGCCCCCGUUCCUGCCGCUGGUCCCCCCGCCGGGGUUGCUUCCCCCCGUAUCCCCGGUGCUGCUCCCCAAUUCGGUCAAGUGCAGCCUGUUUCUGGACGUCCUGGUGUCCCUGCCCAGCAAGCUUCUCAGCCCGCCCCGACCAAGGCUCCUGCCGCCGCUCCCGCCCGCACUUCCCCGGCUCCCGUGAUUCCCAAGCCUGCUACUCCCCAGCCUCCUAGCGCCUCCGCCGGGCAGCCCUCCGUGGCCUCCCCUGAAAGGGCCGCCGCUGCAACCGAGGCCAAUGGCACCGCUCAGCCUGGAGACAAGCCGUCAGAGUCUCCCUUGCCCAAGCCCGAGAAGAAGGCAAGCAACGGUCUCUUCGUUUCCAAUGUCGACAACGAACAGGCCGUGCGCGAUCUCUUCCCCGAGGAAGACCAGGCCAAGAUGGUGAGAGUGGAGAAGUGGGGCAAGUUCAAUCACGUCGUGACCUUCGCCACUGUUGAAGAGGCCAAGUCCGCCCUAGAACGUCAGCCCGCGGAACACAAGAAGCCCACCCCUCCUGGUCAGCCCCGCAAGCCCAACAUCAAGUUUUUCGAGGAUCGUGGCAGCCACCGUGGCAAUGCCGGCACCUGGCAGAGCAGCAGCCGCGGCGGUGCCAGCUCCUCUCAGCGCGGAUACCAAAGUGGUGGUGCGAGCGACAGUGAGACCAACAGGGGCCGUGGAUUCGGUGGACGCGGUCGUGGCCGCGGCGAUCGAGGUGGUCGCGGCGGCCGAGGCGGUCGUGGUGGCUUCAACAAGGGAGGGCCAUCUGAGGCGUCGGAUAACAAGCCCGCUGCCGCUGCUGGAGGUGACGCUUGA